UAUGCCUCAAGAUAUUGCUUUGUUGCAACAGAAAAGCAGACUGGCUUGAUGGACUUCUCAAUGUCCUAAGUGAUCACUGGCACAAGGUUCCAUCAACUGUACUUGAGCAUAUCAGGUCCACUAUAGCCCCUGAUCUUCUUCCGCCUCCUUUGCUGGAAUCGACUCCAACCCACUUGAAGAGUCUCGAUGGUUUUCUUCGAAGAAUAUUACGAGCAAAGGACUGGCAUCAAUUAAAGCAGGCUGAGGCAGUUUUAGAUAAAUUGCUGCAAUCCCAACGUCCCGUGACUACAGUUGCCAACGUCCUGCAAAAUGUUCCAUUUACCAAAGGUCUUUCCAAGUAUCUGGUCUAUCUCUUUGCUGUUUUCAGUCAUAUUGCUAUCAAGGAAGGGGCUCACAACAAGGCCAAUACGAUAAUGCGAGAACGACUCCAGGCCCGGAAACAAUCUAAUGCUAAUCUGCCAUCCCUACUAUGAUCAAUACCUUGCAUCGCUUCGGUCAGGAGCUGUUUGGUUAACGCAAGACAUUGAUCAAUUGCGUGUACAUGGCGAAUGGGAUAUAAGAAGCGGUGCCAUACCAUAUCACUUUGCUCCGGAUUUGGCUUCUCUGGCACAGUGGAGCAAGUAUGGUAAAGAAACAUCCCAUGUCUUCCAGAAAGAGCUGCAAUCGAAAAUAUACGCCAAUAGCAAGGGGCUUUAUUGUAUGCAGUUAUCUGUGCCUUGUAUCACCUUCUGCUACUCCCAAGGAUUGGUACCACUUGAAAAGGUGUGUAAACACCUGCACUGUGAUCUCAGGGCUGCGGGAGAUGAUCUUGCGAAGUAUUAUAAGCAAUACAACCCAGCUGCUAGUCAUUGUGGAAGAGAACCACAUUCAGGGCAUUGUCAACAAUCAGUCCUGACAGAACCUGACGGAGACAAUCUGUAUCCAGUUUCUCUUCCACCAAUUUCUAGCAUCUUGGACCCUGCCUCUGCUUUCUGCUCUAGCCACCAGCCCGCCCCUCCCAACAAGCCCGCCUGUUUGGAGAUCGAGGACUUCUAUAGACCAAAGCGGCGAAGGCAGCUAGGUAGUGGAUUUCUUUGAGUAUGCCCUGAACUAAUUUCAAAUAUGGAUGCUUGGUGGAUGGCAAUUCAGCAAUGGAUGCCACGCCUUCCAAUCCACGUUUGGCCUCGAGUCCUGUUGUACUGAUUGAUUCAAGGAACCAAAGCGCAGUUCCUGUUCCUUCACGGGAUUCCAUUUCCUUUUUGCCCUCAAAUCAAGCGAGCACGGCUUCAGAGAUAGGCGCUGCUUGGACUGUGCCUUUACAGGGCGAAACACAACACCACGCCAAGCUGAAUGGGAAUCACUUCAAGCCGUCUCCCAGCGCAUGUUUUCGACCAUUUUUCAAUCCGACAACAGAAUGCGAGCGAUUGCAGAGAGACAACAAGGUAUCCAGAGAGUGGCUGUGGUUGAAAAAGCAGGACAAUAAUUAGUCAUUCAGAUAGAUAGUUAAGCUGAGAGAUAUA